AUGGUGAGGAGCCCGCAGUAUGCAUGUACUGCACCUCAACUUGAUCGCUACCAUGUCUUCGUCGCGCUCGCGCUGUUUCCGGACGUGGACUUGCUCGCCAGCGCCUGCGAUCCCAAGUUCCUCGGCGUUGCACUGCGUAUCAACCUCUUGAUCAUCUUCGUUCUCUUCGCGACGUCCCUUCAAUUACUUGAGCCCUCGAUGAAUAGAACAUCAUUGCACCCCGAAGAGAGAACCGACAUUGGUAUCUUCAUUUUGACCGAGCCUCAAUCCGCUGGAAUGACAACCGGCGGUACUGUACUUCUCGUUUACGCCAUCGUAAUUCAAGGCAUGCCUCCCACCGUAUCCGAAGAAGAAUACCUCAGCACUCCCGCAUUCAUGCGCAAGAACAUCGAAAGCGACAUCUUCAUUCUGCUUCCUACACCGGAGGGCGACGCACAGAGAUACAGGCCCUUCCGAUGUGUAUUGAACCCCACAGAUACGGACGGUAGGAGGAGAGCUCCAGAGUGGUUAGGCCCCGAACAAGAGUUGCCCCCUGUGUCAAUGAGGAAGAUUCUUGGUGUCCUUCUCAUCGCUCGUCGCGUGGAGGGAAGCGUCGGACAUGGAGCGGAGGGGAGUACCAGGGUGUCUCUUGGAUUGGGAGAACGGAGCUCGGAUGCCACUUCGGACGACUUGAAAAAAGGUUAA